GUGUUCAACACAUGUAAAGGUAUUAUAAAUAUUUACAAAAUAUUUUUUAUUAACACUUUUUGUGAUACUUUACGACAACUUAUAUCAGAUGUGAUAAUAAAAUCAGUGUUUUGUUUAAAAAUUUAUUGAAUUAAUUGUCUAAAAAAUGUCUGAAAAGAGAGGCGUUUUGUUUGUGUGUUUGGGAAACAUCUGUCGGUCGCCGAUAGCAGAGGCAGUCUUCGCACACGUCGUCAAACAAAGAGAUCUCACCGAUCAAUGGUUUACCGACAGCGCGGCCACCGGUUCGUGGCACACCGGGUCACUACCCGACUCACGGGCCAGAACUGUAUUACGAAGACACGACAUCGAAACUGAUCACAGAGCCAGACAAUUAUGCAAACAAGACUUUGACAAAUAUGACUAUAUCUUCGGUAUGGAUGACAAUAAUAUUGAUGACAUCAAUGGUGUAAAACCCAAGAAUAGUAAAGCUGUUGUCGAACUGUUGGGUAAAUACGAUCCGCAAAAGCAAACCAUUAUUGAAGAUCCGUAUUAUCAAAGAGGAGACAAAGGAUUUGAGACCAACUAUGAACAGUGUCUUCGCUCGUGUAAUGCUUUUUUGGAUCAGUUUCACAAAUGACUUAUUUUUGUUUUUUAUUUUUUAAGAGUUGAUCACUUUUUCUGUUAUA